AUGUCGCGAUUCGUGUCGGCGGGGGCGAUUAACGCCGAGACUGGCGAGGCUGUUGCCGCCGCUGAGGGCGAGAGCAAGGCGGUGACUUCGACGACGGGUUCUGGCGAUGCGGGACAGACGAGGAAGAAUGCCGAGUGGGAGGCCGUGCAGAAGGAGCUUGAUGCGGAGAGGAAGAGGAGGGAGGAGGCGCGGGUGAAGGCGGUGGAGGGCGGGGAGAGGAGUUUGUAUGAUGUGUUGCAGGCGAAUAAAGCCGCGAAACAGGCCGCCUUUGAGGAGGCGAACAAGAUCAAGAACCAGUUCAGGCCGCUCGACGACGACGAGAUUGAGUUCCUGGACGAGGUGCGGGAGGCGAAGCGCGCGGAGGAGGAGCGGGUGCGCCGGGAGACGGAGGAGGGGCUCGCUGCGUUCCGGAGGGCGCAGCUGGGGAAGAGGCCUGCUGAUGGUGAUGCCGCGGACGGAGACAGCGGCGCUGGUGAGAAGGGAGGGGAUGAGGGAGAAGGGGGCGGGGAGGAGGAGUGGGCUGUCGGGAGGAAGAGGAGGCGGCGGGAGAGGGUUGGGUUCGGGGUGAAGAAGGCUGGGGAGGAGAAGAAGGGUGAGGGGGAUGGGGGUAGCAAGAGUGAAGGGAAGGAGGAUGACAAGGCGAAGGAGGUUGAGAAGGUGAAAGCGAGUGCACCUUUGCCGGCGCCGGUGAAGCCUAAGAUGGGCCUGGUUGCGUACGGGUCGGACUCGGAUGAUGAGUGA